GUCCUUGAUAGGCUUCUCCCGUGAGCUCGCAGUCUCCACCCCACACUCUACCUGCACUGGCGCAUCGCCUUUCUGCGCUCCUCUCGGUUCGAGCGCUGUUUGGAAUGUAGCGCGCAGCAAGGCAGCGGCGCAAUGGAACUCAAAUCCGAACUCCUCAAGUCCAUCUGGUACGCGUUCACGUCGCUGGACGUGGAGCAGAGCGGGAAGGUGUCCAAGUCCCAGCUGAAGGUGCUCUCCCACAACCUGUACACAGCCCUGAACAUCCCUCACGACCCCGUGGCCCUCGAGGAGCACUUCCGGGACGACGAUGAUGGCCCCGUGUCCCGGCAAGGGUACAUGCCCUACCUCAACAAGUACAUCCUGGACAAGGCCAAGGAGGGGACCUUUGACAAGGAGACCUUUGACGACCUGUGCUGGAUGAUGACGUCAAAGAAGAACUACAAACCCAGCGUGUCAGUGGGCGUUUGCUCGCGGCAGGACUGCUUCAAGCUCUUCUGCCUCUUCAACCUGCUGUCCGAGGACCACUACCCCCUAAUCAUGAUCCCCGCAGAGGUGGAGUACCUCUUGAAAAAGAUCUCCACAGCGAUGAACCUCGAAUGGGAUCCAAAGCUGCUGGAGGACCUGCUGUCCCAGGAUCCUUCUCUCCGUGAGGGGUUGUCUGUCUGGAUGCUGCUAGAGCACAUGAACAGUGGGAGACUCCUCCACAUCAACAACAUGGAGGCCUUCAGUCUGGCCCUGGACGAUGUCUUCCAGGAGAUGUACCACAACGUCCUCAAGAAGGGCUACAUGUGGAAGAAAGGUCAUGUCCGCAGGAACUGGAACGAGCGCUGGUUCGUCCUCAAGUCCUCCAACAUCUCCUACUAUGUCUGCGAGGACAUGAAGGAGAAGAAGGGGGAGAUCCUGCUGGAUGAGAACUGUGUGGUGGAGGCCAUUCCAGACAAGGAGGGCAAACGCUGCCUGUUCUGUGUGAAGACGUACACCAGGACCUACGAGAUCAGCGCCUCGGACCUGAAGCAGCGCGUGGAGUGGAUGCAGGCCAUUCAGACGGCACUGCGCCUCCUCCGGGAGGGGAAGACCUCCCAGCACCACGAGCUGAAGCUACGCAGGAGGGAGCAGAGGGAGAGCAGCCCCCGUGGCCGUGCGGAGGAGCACAGCCUGCAGGAGCUGCAGGAGGAGAAGGAGCGGCAGGAGCAGGAGAUCGAGAACAUCAUCCAGCAUCAGAGGAAGAUGGAGGCGCAGCGCAGGGAGGCGGAGGAGAAGGAGAAGGAGCGGCAGAGGGAGGUGCAGAGGGACCUGGAGAGACAGCUGCAAGAGGCCGAGAAGGCGAGAGACAGCAUGGUGGUGGAAAUGGCGGAGAAGGACAGGCACGCGGAGCAGCAGCGGAAGAGAAUCAAGGAGCUGGAGGUCACACAGGAGAGGCUGGAGGCAGCGCUGAACGCCGAGAUACAGGCCCGCAUGGAGGAGGAGAAAGCGCGACUGGAGCAGGAGAGGCUCCUGCAGGAGGAGGAGGAGAAGCUGAAGCAGCUGCAGCGUCUGCAGCAGGAGCAGGAGGCCAAGCUGCAGGAGAGCCAGCAGGAGAACCAGAGCCCGGAGCUGCAGCAGGAGGAGAACGCCAGCACCUCCGCCCUGAACGCUGCCUCCCGCGAGCUGGAGACACUAAGGGAGACACGCCAGAGGAGCAACCAGCACCUGGAGGAGGCUCAGGAGAAGCUGCGAACCGCGAGUCGACACGUGAAGCACUGGAAUGUGCAACUGAAUCGGCUGAUGAGGCCCAUCACUCCCGGAGAUCGCUUCGGGCAUCGGCCGACCAUGAAGCGCACUCACAAAGAUCCAGACAAAGCCUUUACCAGCCGAGAGUUUGUCACCAAAUACCAGACCGAUGCCAACCAGGAGUCUCGCCUCUCUGACGGCCAAUCAUCUGAGGAGGAUGGGGAGGUUCAGGGGCAGCUGGAAGCUGUCAGCCUGUCAGAUGCAGACAGGACAGCAUAGACGCACGCCAUUGGACGAGGCCAUUACAACAGGAGGUCGGCGCUCUGUGUGCUUCAGAGAGUGGAGAUCGGGGCACAGUUUUAACACUCCAACCACAACAGUACUAAUGGUGGAUGAUUCUUUUUAUGUAAAAUAUUUUGUGAUUCAGCGGUUGACACUGCCAUUGAAUCAUAGGGCUGAAGGACGUUUUGGUGACUGUAUCAAUAAACAAUUGCCAGUUCACGUGACUGUUGAAACUCUUGUAACUGGGAUUGUUUCGCGGUUUGGGUUUGGGGUUGGGGUUGGGAUCGGUCAGUUGUGGCCGGUGUUCAUGGAUACUGUUGAAUGGUCAUAUAAAGAUGGGUCCCGGGAACUCAAUAUGCUCCAGCCAUCAGGGGGGAUAAAAAGCCUGUCCACAAUGGUCCACUCAUGCUCACCCGAAAUGGAACAGAAGAUGAUCUCCAUGAUUUCGGAUGGACUGAGAAAGCCUGCGGGACAGUGGCCAUAGUUCUGAGGCCCAUUCGAUCUGAAACAACCAAUGGGUCUGAGGCCCGUCAUCAGUGACUCAGAUUUACCAAUAUUUCUGAGUCAGUAUGCAACAGCUACAGGAAGACCAACCUUUUAUGAACUAAGAACUUUUCUUCGAGAAUUGUCAGGACUACCACCAUCCAUAUUGCCUGGGAUAUAGAUAAACAGCCAUGUAAACAGUAUAUAGGUUUAUUAUAUGAACUGAAGCUACUAUACAUGAGUAAUUUCUGAGGAAAAGGAAACUUUAAGAGACAAAAGAUAUCUUUACCACAAACAAUUGUCAGACUUCCAUUAAUAAGAAAAUAUGAUCUCAUUGCUGUCUGUCACCCUGUGAUAUCAACCUUAUCCUAUAUCCAUGAAUAACCUUCAACACAAAAAAGUUAGAGGUUUUAUUCACUGUACACAUGUCUGAGACAGUCCUCCACAGCUGUGUCUCUGCACAGAGUUCCAGAACCGGAAGGUAUCUGAGGAUUAUUCAUUAGCACAGAGACCAUUGCCUGGUUUGGUCCUCGUUCUUAUCACUAUUGAUGUGCCUAAACAAGCAGCAUAUGCUACAGAUAGAAUUAUCACUGCCACCCUUUCAGAAAAAAAUUCAAACCUACAGGCUUGUGAGUAUUCAUGAGAAUUUUUUUUCAGAGAACUGCCAUUAUCAGAAACAUUGCAGGAAGUGUGAAGGAGGGAAGGGCCUCGAGACAGAGAAUGAAGUCUGGAAUGUGUGUGUCUGCUGGUAAAGCCCUCCUCACACCUCAUUGUCUGCUUUCCCUGGAAGAGAAGAAGGCUUUUUUUACUGGAAGCCUGACAGACCCUUUAAUGACACUCGCACAAUAAAAUGAGCAGCAAACUGUGACCGCUGCAUGCAAUGGACUGUACUUUGAAAUGUGACACCGCCCCUUGUUAUCUCUCACACCCUUGGCCACCCUUGGCUACCCUUGGCUACACAGUCACAUUGUCAUCAGCGCAGUUAUUUAAGUUUAAUAAAGAUCUCCCCCGGGCACGCGGGUCACUGAAUUUAAUAGCUAAAUAAAACCGCCCUUCCUACUUUAUCUAAUGCACAGCACAUUCAUGACAAUAUAUAAAAAGAUGAGUAUGUCUUCUAAACAUCAUUCUGUGGGUUUUGUAUUUGGUGCGUCAGUCCACAUCAACGGGGGCUGGCAACAAGGCUUUAGCACCAGAAGUUCAUCUUGAGUCAAUGGAGGGGAUACACAGCCUCUGGUCACCCCUGUUUUGUCAAAGGGUUCAACUGCUGCAAAAUUGUGGCAAGUUGUAUGCCUUUAUGUGUGCACAUCAUGCAUCAAACCUGUCUGUGCAGCCUACGAAUGGUCAAUAAUAGAGACACUUGCAAAAUAAAAUACGGAGGCUAACAUAUGGAGUAGGUCCUCUUCCACUCAUUCAGUGUUUGCGCGGUGUCCUUCUCA